UUUUAUACAAAAUGGUUUCAGUAAUAAUAUUAAGUUUAUUUGCAAUUUCUGUGGUAUAUUUUUUUUAUAAAUAUGGUACAGAUAAGCCGUAUAAAUAUCCUCCAGGUCCUCCCAAAAUACCAUUAUUUGGUAGUUAUUUAUUUUUAUUAUUAUGUGAUUGGAAGAGAACAAGUCGUGGUGCUAUGAUGUUGAGUAAACUGUAUAAAUCGGACAUAAUUGGAUUAUUUUUAGGAGAAUUUCAUACAGUUGUUGUCAAUAGUUAUGAUGGCAUUAAAGAAAUGUUUUCUCGACCAGAAUUUGAUGGAAAACCUGAUGUAAUGGCAGCUCGUUUAAGAGAUCCACAUUAUGGAAGAACAGGAAUUUUCUUUAAUGAUGGUCCCAUUUGGAAAGAACAACGUCGAUUUAUAUUACGUUACUUAAGGGAUUAUGGAUUUGGUAGAAGAUUUGAUAGUGUUGAACAAUUUAUAAAUGAUGAAUUAUCAUAUCUGAUAAAUUUAAUAAAAACUGGUCCGAAAUAUUCUCAUGAGAAGGAAUUUUUCCCAGAAAAAGGAAAGGUUUUAUGCCCAUAUUUUAUGAAUAGUUGUUCAUUAAGUUCAUUCUUAUAUAUAUGUUUUAAUGAAAGAAUACCACAAAAUGAUCGUAAAAUAUUUAAUGAAUUAAUUAAAGAUUCUAUUAUAUUUAAUAAAACCGGUGAUCCAUACGGUUUAUUGUUGAGUAUAAUGCCAUGGAUUCGCUUUAUUUUUCCAAAUUUAAGUAGUUUUAAACCACUGAGAGAAACAUCCAAAGGAUUAUAUAUAUUUAUUAAAGAUUUAAUUGAUAAAAAUAUGAAAACGUAUAAAGAAAAUGAAGAAAGAAAUUUUAUUGAUUUAUACGUGAAAGAAAUGAAAAAGAUGGAGAAUCAAGGUGUCAAUAAUUCGAGUUUCUAUUAUGAUCAAUUUGUAUUAAGUAUUGUAGAUUUUGCAUUUCCUGCAAAUUUGGCUAUUACAGUACAAUUAUCUUUAAUGUUUCAAUGGUUCAUUUUGAGACCAGAUAUUUUGAAAAAUAUUCAAAAUGAAAUUGAUAAUGUUGUUGGACAUAGUAGAUUACCAACACUUGAUGAUCGUAAAAAUUUACCGUAUACGGAAGCAGCAUUACGUGAAUGUAUGAGAAUUGAAUCAUUAACACCUUCAGGAUUUCCACAUAAAGCAUUAGUUGAUACUGAAUUUAAAGGAUAUUUUAUUCCAAAAGAUACGCUUAUGAUACCUGGAAUUUAUGCGUUUCACAUGGAUAAAAAUAUAUGGAGUGAUCCAGAUGUAUUCAAACCAGAGAGAUUUUUGGAUUCAAAUGGUGAAUUGUGCCUCUCAAAAGAUAAAACACUACCAUUUGGAGCGGGAAAACGAUUAUGUGCUGGAGAAACAUUUGCCAGAAAUAUGAUGUUUUUAAUAUUAACAGCAAUAUGUCAAAAUUUUAACGUUAUUUUAAGACCAGAACAAUCUUUACCUGAUAUGACAAAAGCAUUUAAUGGAAUAUCAAUAGUACCACCAGAUUUUUGGCUAUAUUUAGAAGAACGAACAAUUUAGGAUGAUUAAAUUUUUAUUAUUAAAAUACAAAUUAAAUUUCCUUUAUUUUCACAUUUUUUUCUGAUCCAAUAAAAUAUCGAUACUAUUAUAUUACAAAGGUUUAAUUUA